ACACACAUGAACUUUCCCGCGUCCUCAAACAUGAUUUAAUUCUGGAUCUAACAAUGAGAAAUCAAUACAAUACUGAGAUUAACCUUGCAAUACAUAUAUGGAUGUGAAAGUACCAGGUUUGUGUUCUUAUUUUCCUUGUAAAUUUCCUACAAUGUAUUUGUUUCUUUGUGCAUCAUUUCAUGGCAUCUUGGAGUGGACUUUUUAACGGAUGGCCAACGAAUAAUGGCAAAUCUGCGGUCAAAGAACAGAUAUUAUAUCAAGGAUUCCAUAGUCCCGUUUGAGGAAGACUCAAGAUGUGAAUUCAAAGGUCAUCGUAAUUUUUGCGCUGAGGAGAUACCAGACUGGUGUUGGAUUCCAGGAACUGAUCGAAGGUCCAGGAAAGCUGUAUCCAGAAAUAUCAAUGCAUUUCUAAAUAAUGGUAAAGGUGGAUCAAUCUAUAUAGGAUUGACAGAUGAAGGCAAUGUAAAAGGGAUCUCACUAAGCCAGUAUCAGAGAGACCACAUUGUUGUAUCCAUGAGAGAUCUAAUGAGUAGAUACACACCGCAAGUACCUGAUGAUAGCUUCAAGGUAGAGUUUGUCCCUAUUAUCCAAAAGUCAGAGGUUUGGAACAGUGACUCAAGCCAGUUUACUGUUGAAAAAGGUGAUCAGUUGGAUCCUGACCGACUCAAACCUCACCUGCUGCGCACCCCACACUACUGCUGGUGUGACAAGAUGGCGUUAGCCCAGUAUGCCGAGGGUAUUUUGUCCCGAGAGUAUGUCAUUGAGAUCACCAUCUUUCCCUAUACUGAGAAGCCUCUUAGUCUUGUUGAUGGGAAGUUUUGUUUGAAUUUGCACCCAGUCUAUGAGGACGAGGAGGGGAAUUGUUUCUUCAGAAGACAGGCUAGUGUUGUAAAGUACACUAAGGCAGAGAUUGUUGAGUUAACAGUUCAUGAUGUCCAGCACUUUUUCAUGCCUGUACUUCAAAAGCUGAGAAAAGAAGUGGAAAGUCUAAGGGAAGAUAUGGACAGCAAAUCCUGGACAGUCACUCCUGAUAACCAGAACAACCCUUAGUAACACCUUGAUGCUGACUCAGUUUUCCUUGGAUUUCCUUCAUUUGUAAACUUUUUUUAUUGCUCGAGCUCCCGUUUAAUCUCAAAGGGCUUUCCCCCUUCUUCUUUUUAAUUUCCUAUAAUGUAUAUUUUACCCUGAUGACUAAAGGCGAAAUAAAUCCUUAGAGAUAUUUUAUAAGAAUGUUACCUGGAGUCAGCCUAGUAUUAUCAGAAUCUCAAUCUAAUACUCAGAAGGAUUAAAAAAUAUUUUUUUUAUGGAA